AUGACGCACCAGAAUCACCAAACUAACGGCGCCAGUUUGGAAGAUUGCCACACAAACUUCUUUGCUCUGACCGACCUGUGCGGUAUCAGAUGGCGUCAAUUGGUGCUCGGUGAGCGGCCAAACGCGGCCGGGGAUCCGCUCGACGAUCCGGUGGUGCGUUCGUACUCGAAAUGCCUCGCCGUCGACAUAUUGUGCGUGUGGCGGCGAGUGGUCGCCCCCAAGCCAAAACCAAAACCGGAACCGGAUCCAAGCAGCAUGUUCGACAUGAGCAUACCGGGCACCGGUAACAGCGGCUCCGUCAUUCAUCCACCUCUCUCGCUGACCGCCGCCAAGGAGCUGUGGAUCUUCUGGUACGGCGAGGAACCGGACCUCAAGGAUCUGGUCGCGCCUGAGCUGCUCAACUCGUCCGAAGCCGGAGACAAAGGAUCCUGGGAGAACGGGCUCUCGUACGAGUGCCGUUCCUUGUUAUUUAAGGCGUUGCACAAUGUGAUCGAAAGAUGUCUGCUUUCGCGUGGUUUCGUACGACUCGGCAGGUGGUUCGUUCAUCCGAGCUCGAAUGGCGAGCGAGUGUUUGGCAAAAGCUCACACCACGCGUCGUUCUCGUUUGCGUUCUUUGUGCACGGUGACAGCACUGUCUGCACGUCGAUGGAUAUACGAGAACAUCCGCCAGUACGGCUGUUGACGUUGAAACACCUCGAGGAGGCACAAGCGCAACAGGCCACCCCGGCGGCUGGUACAAACGCACCCGCGAGUCCUGCCGUGGCACCUAAUGGAGUUGAAUCUGUUACUCCCGGUUCGCCAGCCGGCAGCUCCAGUUGUCCAGUGAACGGAGGUCCUUUGACUGCAGGAACUUUACCGGACGCAACCGAACCCCGGGUGGUGAUCCUGGCACCGUUCGGAUUGGCCGGAACGCUAACGGGACAAAGUUACAAAGCGAGUGAUCCGCACACGCAGAAGAUGCUGGAUGACUGGAGCGCGUUCUAUCCGAUCUCGAACAAGCAUACGGGCACCGGUGAUGGUGCUGAAGCUGUGCCUCCGAUCGUGGAGAUCCUCGUUGGGAAGGUGAAGAUGCGCUACCCUUCGAAGUACGUGCUGGUUGCCGAUAUGGAUGUUGGAUCAUCAACGGCUGGUGAAUCGAAGAGCAGUUGCAACACCAGCGCUAGCGCAAUUAGCAACACCGGCAGCAACAAUCAAACGACUACCAUGCCCAUGACGGCGGUCUCCAUCGCGGCGUCCGUACUCAGCCGAAUCAACAACAGCAGCAGUAGCAACAGCAACCAGCUAGCUGCCGAGAGGUCCGGCAAUUCAAUCAACUCUGGCAGCAAUCAACUGCCGGCGGGAGCGUCUGGCAGCACUAGCGAAUCCGCGCGUCCUAAGGACACACCAAACGGUGGUGGUAGUGGUUCCAUUCCCACCACCAGCUCGCCUUCUUCCACCACCGGCACACUGCGCCAGCGUAACCACCACAAAUCCAUGAUGACCCCACCGCUUACGGUGCCAGAAUCGCCCUCGAAUGAUCUCGGCAACCCGCUCAGCAUGUCGUCGGCGCUGAUCAACAAGUCAGCCGCCGUUAUCCUGCCCGAGCGAGUCUGGCAGGAUUGUAUCAUGCACGCGGCACCCCCACCGACGACGGCGAACUCCUCCGCCGGAAGUCAACAGGCGGGAGCGGCCUCAACACCGGGUCCCGCCGGAUUGACGAUUAAAACCGAACCAAAGGACACCGGAGCAGGAAGCAACAGCGGUGGAAGUGGAACUCCUGCUGCUGGCGGGGGUGACGAGAACUCGUCCGGAGCCGCCAACGGAGUGGACGCGAACGGGAACUCCUCGGUGUGGGAGAUUAGCGAACCGACGGCGAAAGUGUCCUGCUCGUGUAUCAAGUGUUGCAAGAAACCGCUACCAUCCUCCGCGUCAUCCACAUCGUCGUCGUCGUCAUCUACGUCGUCCUCUUCGGCGAGUGGACGCUCUCAGCAGCAGCAAGUGGUUGGGGCAGCGAAUGUCAGCAGCCCGGGCACGAUGGGGUCUGGUGUUGGAAGUACCUACAUCGUGUCCACGGUCGGUAGUGGUGGUGCUAGUGGUGCAUCGAUGCAUCAUCACGCCAAAUCGUCAUCCUCCUCGUCGUCCUACGGGAUCGCUUCCUCCGGUGGUGGCAAUCGUGGUGAAAAGUUUCACCACUAUCACUACCAAGCUGCUGGUGGAAGCGGUGGCGGAGGUGGUGGAGGAGGAGGAAUGGCUAAGGAUCAUCAUCAUCACCACCAUAGCCAUCACCAUCGACCGCAGCGGGUGUCCUUCCACAAGCGACCCCCGCAGGAUGCAUUGUUCCGUCCUGGCAUCAAGCUUAUCAGUCUGUCCGGUGCUGCUGCACUUGCUGCCAACGCUGCUGCUGCUGCUGCUGCUGGGGUGAAAGCUUCCCAGAUGGCCGCCAGCGCCGCCGCUUCCUCGCCUGAAGCCGUUUCGUCCGGUGACAGUGCAGCAGAUUCGCUCGAACUGGCCGACUCGUGUUUAAGGUCAAACCAAAGCUGUUCCGCAAACGGUAGUAACAGUGGCCCCAAUGGAGGCGCUUCCAGUACCGGUACUGCUCCGGGAAGUACAACACCCUAUGGUGGACCACUCUCCUCAUCCUACUGCCGUAACCCGAUGUCGAUUGGUGACUCUCAUCCGCUGCCUUCGGAGGGUUCCCCGGCCAGUGCUGCUCCUUCACCGAUGCAACCGUCCUCGGUAUCUCAGCCCACGUCAGUCGGCCCUUCAGGCGAUCAGCUCAUCACGAUGUCUCCUCAUCCACCCGCUUCGAAUAAUCCGCGCAGCGUGCAACCAGGCACGCCUUGUCUGGAUCACCUGGAUAAGAAUACACCCGCCCCAACACCGACGGAUCAGCACGACAGCAAAAGCAUAAAUGCGUCACCGUACCACACGCCUUCCCAUCCAGGCGGGAGUGGUGGCCAGACCGGAAACAGCAGUAGCAGUUCCGGCCCAGACGGUGGUGGAGGAUCGACUUUGCACGGACAGCAGCAACAGCAGUCGCAGGGUGGUUCCGCUGGUCAGGGAAACUCUUCGAGUGGCUCGACUACCAACGGCAGCAGUUCGACGGCUAGCAACGCUCAUAAAUCGUCACCUCGGAGCACGAUGUCCUCGUCGUCGGGGAUUGGUAGUCUGAAGGUGCGCUCUGAGUCUUCGCUCGGGGCCGGCGGAAGUGGUGGUGGAGUGCCGAUGACACCGAGCAUUCACAGCGUGUACAGUUCCGCGCAUCAGACAGCUGUGGCGAACAAUUUAGCGAGCAAGCGCGAGUCGAUCCUGCAGAUGCUGCAGUCACUGAAGCGGCCGCUGUUGUACUGUAAGGACUACGAGACGCUGAAGAGCGAGGACAUUCCCAGUACGUCGCAUCUGCUGUAUGACUACACGUGCGUUGAUGCAUGGAUGAACCAUCCCGUGAAGCGGAUGAGACUGGCGAUGGAAGAAAAUCGACUUGUUAAGAAAAUCCGGAAUCUCGAUCUGUACGCCAACGAGCAUAGUCGCACGAUGGGCGGCUAUCCGGUUACGUCGAGUGGAAUCGGUUGCAGUGCUAGCGGCAGUAAUGGAAUGCUCAUAAAGGGAACUCCAACGGGGAUGAACGAUUCUUCCGAUGGGCUUGGGACGGAGCAUGGUGGCGGAGUAGGUGGUGUCGGAGGUCCCUGUGAUAAUGGAACAGUGAACAACGGUAGUGGUGGUCCCACGCAUGGGCUUCUCGGGCACGGUCAGAUCAAGAUGGAGCUCGGAUGUGACGGUAUUGGUGGCCCGGGUGGUCCCGGAAACGGUGCUGGUGGACCGGGCAGUGCCAACGGAACGCCAGAUCGCAAUGGUGCAUCGGGAAACGACGAAGGAGGCGCACUGCUGGGCGAGCACGAAAUCAAGAAGGAAAAGGAAGAUAAGGGUGGGCUUAGUUUGCUAACGGAUCAGGAUCUUCAGCCUUCUAUUGACGACCUCAAUCAGAUCUUUGACGAUGGUGGCCCGUUCAACGAUGAUCCGGACCUCCACAACACACCGCCGGGCUCGAAUAAAAGCAGCAGCGGGAGUGGUGGUUUCUCGGAUGAAAGCAAACGCUUCCCUAGCUCGAACCAUCACUCGGUGAACAGUGGCAUCUUGAGUCCGAAGGAACUGUCCCAGAUGUUCCCGACACCACCGAGCCUGGACCCGCAUCCGAACUCAAGUCCGGGUGGUGGAGGUUGCCUUUCUGAUGGUGGAAUUGCGAUUGACACCAUGGUGGAUCUACAGAUGUCGCUGUCAUCCGGAGCGGCCAGUAGCGGUGGAUCAGGUCCGAUGGUGCCGUCGAUACCGAACCUAGGCAGCCCGCAGGAAGAACCAAUCGACGAUUGGUCGUUCGUGUUUCUGCCUCCACCGGUCUGCCCGUACGUCGGUUCCUCGAAAUACGCCCCACUGCCGAAUCUACCCAGCCAGCUUGCAUCGUCUCCGGUGACGGCAAGCUCGGUAACCAACCUCGUGUACAAAUCCACCCGUCAGAAGCAGAAAGAGCAGGCGGCUGCCGAGCGGGAAAAGCUGAAGAUACGUGAGCAGGAACGAGAACGAGAGCGUGAGCGAGAACGGGAGCAGCAGCAGGAUUCACAUCAUAACACUCAAUCCGAGAACAGCGUUUCCGGUAGUGGUGGCUCUGGCACGGUGGGAAGCGUCGGUGGUGGCAUCGGAGGCUUUGGGUUGAUGCCGUUGAUUAAGCAGGAAAUGGGAGUAGGUGGCGGAUUGACGGUUCCACAACCGCUGAGUACUCCGAAUUCGCUGCACGGCGGAUUGACGAACCUGAACGGAUCCCUCGGUCAUCCGUACUCAAAUCCACCGUCUCAGGGUGCUCAAUCGCAGCCACACUCGAGGCCACCAUCGGUCAACUCGUUACCCGGAGGCAUCAUCGGAAGUGGUGCGGGCAUGCUUAGUCCGUCACCCGCCGGUGCCGGCUCAUCCGGUGGCCUGUUCCACCCGGGUAUGGGUGGCAUUCCGGUGCCACUGCGUCAGGGUAUGUCUCCGAUAUCACCUGCUACUCCGGGUGGUUCAAUGAGGGUGCCAACGCCGCAAGGAUCCUGCCCGCUGCCGUAUCCAUCUCCAUUAGGGGGUGCAGCCGCAGGAAGCCCAAACCCGAUGGGAUCGCUCAACAUUCGACGCACGACACCACUGUUCCCACCGCCACCGUACGAUGUCGCGAUCGCCAGCCCGGCCACAUCCGUCGCGACGCCUUCCUCCUACCACUGCAAACAGUUCCCCUUGGACGGGGUAGACAGCGGUGGUCCAGGUUCGAACCGGGGUCCAAUGACGCCUUCAUCAACUAGUGGUGACCCGCGAGCGCUAGUGUCCACCGUUAACCAGCCACUUUCAUCGUCCGGAGCGGGAUGUGCGAGUGGUCUGACGAACGGGGCCACCGGUGGUGCGGCUGGUAGCCGUGUUACGAGCAUAGAAACAAACGCACUCCUGGUUAACAUCCUGCUGUACGAUACCGCACUCAACAUCUUCCGUGAUCACAACUUCAAGAGCUGUACGCUUUGUGUGUGCAAUGCGGGCGCGAAGUGCGUGGGCAACAUUCGAGGCGCGGAUAGUGGCCUCUAUCUUGCACUUCCUGGUACAAACUGGAUGGAUUCGGCUACGACUCCCAGCGAUAGUGCCGGUGAAGGAGGCUCCGGCGCAGGAAGCGGUACUGGAAGCAGUACAGCAGGUGGUAGCAGGAAUAAGUCUGGCGUUCUCGCGCAUCUGGGUCUUGGCGGAAGUGGUAACAGCAGUAGUGCCUUCGGUGGAAUGCUCGGCUCGCCGGCCAUUGGUUCCAGCGGCGAUAAGACGGUGACGAUCAACACGGAUAGUCUGCAGAAUGGGUAUUUGGAUGAAGAUCCGAUCGAUUGUCAGUGUGGGUUCAGUGCGGUUGUCAAUCGACGGAUGGCACAUCGGGCCGGUUUGUUCUACGAGGACGAGAUGGAGAUCACGGGCAUGGCCGAGGAUCCGGCAGUGCACAAGAAGAGCUCGCUGUUCGAGUUCCUCAACGGAACAGCUAAAGCGAUCAAAAUGGAAGACUCUGGAAUCGGUGGCGGUGGUGCAGGAAGCAGUAGCAGUACUAGUAGGGCGUUGGCUACCGCUAGUGGGACGACUGGCGUAACUGGUGUCAGUAGCAGUAGUGACAGCCUCCCUUUGACGUUGAAGGUGAUGGACUUGCUUCGCGAGCAGUGCUCCGUGGUGCAGAGUUCAAGUAACUCCAUCCACCGUGCAGUCAGUCGAUACCGGGGUCCGUUGUUUGGACGUGGUGCAGAAUUCGACGCCGUGCAUCUGCUCGAGUACGUGGAUGCGAACGAUGUGAUCACCUUGGCAUUAGAGCAGGGCCGAUUGCAAGCCAUCAAUGAGAGCAAGCUCGAUCUCGAGCAGCAACCGUCAUCAUCGUCCUCAUCAUCCUCGUCCUCACUGACGCUUGCUGGUGCAGGAGGUACGCUCGUCAAGGGUGGCACCCUGCGCGGCAUGAUGAACGUGCACAAGUGGCCCUUCUUGCGAGCGGGCGGCCCGAAAAGCAACCAGGACAUCGUACGGAUCAUGAAGUCGAUGCAGCCGUUGCUGCAGGACGCGUUCCACAAGCGAUGUACGACGCGGCUCUGGGAUGCGCCUUACACGAUACAGGGCCCGCUCACGUGGCGUCAAUUCCACCGAUUGGCCGGACGUGGCACAGGUCAGUGCGAACCUCAACCCAUCCCAUCGCUAAUCGUAGGCUACGAGAAGGACUGGCUAGCGCUGGCGCCGUACGCACUUCACUACUGGGACAAGCUACUGCUCGAACCGUACUCGUAUCCGAGAGACGUUGCGUAUGUCGCCAUCGUACCCGACAACGACUAUGUGGUGGCAAAGGUGCGCACCUACUUCAAGGAGCUCAGCACGACCUACGAAAUGUGCAAGCUGGGUCGCCACACACCCAUCAAGGGCUGGGACGGAGUGCUACGUGUUGGCAGCCAGCGCGUGCUCAAGGAAACGCAAAACUCCAACCUGGACGAGUGGUUCACGAACAUGGGCGCGGAUCAGCAGCAGCGAAGGAACGGCGCAUCAGGAGGAUCCGCCUCAUCAGGACUCAACGAGUUGUUGCGAUUGUAUGCGCAGACGUGUCAACAACAGCUGGCACCAUACCUGUCUAAGGUACCGUCCGACAAGAGCUUGCUGGAUCCUCCCGAGAGCCACCACGCAUCGUCUUCGUUGUCCGGUUCGUCAUCGGUCGCGGGAGGAGCUGCCGGAUCGUCCUCAUUAAGUGGUGGUGGUAUGGGUCAACCGGGCAGCGGAUCAGCGGGAGCCAAUCGCGGUGAUGGCCCGGGACAAAGUCCAAUGCCACCGCCGCCACCAAGCACGCCAGAUCCAUCGCAACCGGGCGAUAAGGCUCCGAACACGCCAAAGUUUGAUCACGAUUCGGAAAAUCGCGACCAGCUGAAUACUUCGUCCGCUAGCCCGGCGGACGGCAUGCGGAUCGAUGAUGAUGGUAAGGAUCCGCCGCAUAUUGUGCUUUACAUCGUGGAACCGUUUACUUGUGGUAACGAUUCGCCAGAUGUGGAACGGCUGGCAUGCCUUUCGUUGCUGCGGUGCUAUUCGAACAUCCUCAACGCGGUCCCGGAAUCGAUACGUAGCAACAUAAGCGUGCAGAUUGUAUCGUUGGAAAGUAUUCUCGAGCUAGGCCGUAGUCGAAACCGGUUGCGGUUAAGCGACCACAUGCGUUGCUUAGCGUUGAGCGUGUUUUCCCAGAGCCGGAAGUACCUCGCGCACAUGAACACGGUUAAGAGUCUGACCGGGUUCGGGACGGCCGCUAACGCGGAACAGUUCAUCAAGCGCAAAGACGACAAGAACCGAGUGCCGUACCGGCUGUAUACGCCACCGUACGUGUUGGCCAAGUCGUGCGAAAAGAGUGAAAACACGGAGUCGUUCGGCAAGACGAGCAUAAAGCAGCAGUGCUCCAUCAUGUACUGCAGUUAUUGCCUGAGCGAGGACCAGAGCUGGCUGUUGGCGGUAGCAACCGACGAUCGGGGUGAGUUUCUUGAAACCGUUACCAUCAAUAUCGACAUUCCGAACCGAGGUCGCCGGAAACGAGUCUCGGCUCGCCGGUAUGGGCUGCAGAAGCUGAUGGACUUCAUUCUGGGGCUGAUUUCGCAAACGGUGCAACCGUGGCGACUGGUCGUCGGUCGCAUUGGCCGUAUCGGGCACGGUGAGCUGAAGGGAUGGAGCUGGCUGCUCAGCAAACCAAACCUGCAGCGUGCGUCCAAACACCUAAAGGACAUUUGUGAGCAGUGCUCGUUGAUGCACCCGAUCGCAGUACCGAGCAUACUGAGCGCCUGUUUGGUGACGCUUGAACCGGAUUCGGAUCUGCGCGUUAUGUCCGAUCAGUUCACGCCAGACGAGCGGUUCAGCCAGCGGUCUAUGCAAUCGCCGCUAUCGACGCCACAGGACGCGACCUGCACGCACAUACUGGUCUUUCCGACCAGUGCAAAGGCACAGUCUGCUCAAGCUUCGUUCAACGUGAUAGGAGAGUUGGACCUGGGAGAGGAUCUCAACAUGGUCAUCAUGGAUGGCGACGAUGACGAUGAUGGUAUCAACAUGAUGGAUGUUUUUAAAUGCUGGGAUGACCUACCGAUGCAACAGAUCAGCAUGCCUCAUUCGCGUCCGGGAAGUCCAUCACAGUUCGAGGGCAAUCAGCAGAGUCCUGGCGAGAGCGGUUCCAAAGGGGCCGGUUCUCGCGACGGCUACGGAUCGCAAGAUUCGGAAGAGGUUGGCCUGGUGUUGCAGCAACCGCUGGCUAUUGGCUACCUAGUAUCGACCGCACCAACUGGUCGUAUGCCGGAGUGGUUCUGGUCCUCAUGCCCGCACAUGGAAAACGUGUGUCCGGUGUUUCUGCGAACCGCUCUGCAUCUGCAUAGCCCUACCAUUCUGCAGAACACGGAUGAUCCUCUGCAACAGAAUCAAUCGUCUACUGAGCACCCACUCGAUUCGAACAUCACUGCUGAUGUGCUGCGGUACGUGCUCGAGGGCUACAAUCUGCUCUCUUGGCUGGCGAUGGACUCGAACACGCACGAUCGCCUCUCUUGUCUGCCAAUCCACGUGCAGGUACUGAUGCAACUGUAUCACAUGACGGCUGCAUUGGCCUAA